ACAGAUGAUACUGACUGGGUGUGUGGCAUUUGCUCGACAUGUUGGACCAACACGUGUAGAAGCUGAGCUUUUACCACAGUGUUGGGAACAGAUUAACCACAAAUACCCAGAGAGACGGCUACUGGUAGCAGAAUCCUGUGGAGCUCUAGCACCUUACCUUCCAAAGGAAAUUCGUAGUUCGUUAGUACUUUCCAUGCUGCAGCAAAUGUUAAUGGAAGAUAAGGCAGAUCUGGUACGAGAAGCUGUGAUCAAAAGCCUUGGCAUCAUUAUGGGAUAUAUUGAUGAUCCAGACAAAUAUCAACAGGGCUUUGAACUGCUGCUUUCAGCUUUAGGAGACCCUUCAGAACGUGUAGUUAGUGCAACACAUCAGGUUUUUUUACCUGCUUAUGCUGCCUGGACAACAGAACUGGGAAACUUACAGUUCCAUCUUAUACCUACGCUGCUUAAUAAAAUUGAAAAAUUGCUCAGGGAAGGAGAACACGGCUUGGAUGAACAUAAGCUCCACAUGUAUCUGUCUGCUCUGCAGUCAUUGAUUCCUUCUCUGUUUGCACUGGUGCUACAGAAUGCACCUUUCACAAGUAAGGCUAAACUUCAGGGAGAAGUACCACAAAUAGAAGUCACUAGAUUUCCCCGACCCGUAUCACCUCUUCAGGAUGUGUCCAUCCUCAUUGGAAGUCGCGAACAGUUAGCAGUGUUGUUGCAACUGUACGACUAUCAGCUAGAACAUGAGGGUACUACGGGCUGGGAGACUUUGCUAUGGGUAGUCAAUCAACUGCUACCACAGCUUAUAGAAAUAGUUGGCAAGAUCAAUGUAGCAUCAACUGCCUGUGUCCAUGAGUUCUCUAGAUUUUUCUGGAGACUUUGUAGGACAUUUGGGAAAAUUUUCACAAACACUAAGGUAAAACCACAGUUCCAGGAAAUCUUAAGACUGUCUGAGGAAAACAUAGAUUCCACAGCAGGUAACGGAGUGCUAACAAAAGCCACAGUUCCCAUCUAUGCAACAGGGGUCCUUACAUGUUAUAUUCAGGAAGAAGACCGCAAGCUGUUAGUUGGAUUCUUAGAAGAUGUAAUGACUAUGCUUUCACUAUCCCAUGCUCCUCUUGAUAGCCUGAAAGCUUCCUUUGUGGAACUGGGUGCAAACCCAGCUUAUCAUGAGCUGUUAUUAACUGUCUUGUGGUAUGGAGUUGUCCAUACUUCUGCUCUUGUUCGAUGUACAGCUGCUAGAAUGUUUGAGCUGACUCUUCGAGGCAUGAGUGAAGCCUUAGUUGACAAGCGGGUUGCUCCGGCCCUUGUUACCUUGUCCAGUGAUCCUGAAUUUUCAGUAAGGAUUGCAACAAUUCCUGCUUUUGGGACCAUCAUGGAAACUGUUACUCAGAGGGAGCUUUUGGAAAAAAAGAAAAUGCAGCUGGCAUCUUUCCUGGAUGACCCUCAGUAUCAAGACCAACAUUCUUUACAUACAGAAAUCAUAAAAACAUUUGGAAGAGUCGGACCUAAUGCUGAGCCCAGAUUUAGAGAUGAAUUUGUUAUUCCACACUUGCACAAGUUAGCCUUGGUCAACAACCAGCAGUCUGUGGAUUCGAAGAGACUGGAUAUCGCUACCCACCUGUUUGAAGCCUACAGUGCUCUUUCCUGUUGUUUUAUUUCAGAGGAUUUAAUGGUCAGUCACUUUUUACCAGGACUUAAGUGUUUACGAACUGACAUGGAACAUCUCUCGCCAGAGCAUGAGGUUAUUUUAAGCUCUAUGAUAAAAGAGUGUGAACAGAAAGUGGAAAACAAGACCGUCCAAGAACCACAGGGCUCAAUGUCAAUUGCAGCAAGCCUUGUGAGUGAAGACACAAAGACCAAGUUCUUGAACAAAAUGGGCCAGCUGACUACAUCAGGUGCAAUGUUGGCUAAUGUGUUCCAGAGGAAGAAGUAAGAUGGGAAAAGGAACUUCCAGCUAACACUAAGAUGAACCUCCCAGAGACUGGUUCCUGUACUUGAAGUAUUUGCCUUUUAUUUCUUCUGUCUUAUGUUCUUGUAGUAUAAUUUUAUUCUAACCUCCAAAGAUAUUUGCACUGCUUUUGAAUAUCGCUGUGUAUCUGUUAAUUUUGGGUUAACUGUGGUUGAUAUAAAACUGAAAUUAUAGUCUGUACCAAGUCACUGUUCUGUGUUCUUGUCUUUCCAGCAUAAUUUUUUUUUAUAUAGUGGAAGGGUUUUUUUUUUAAUUUUCUGACAGGAUAUCAGCAAAUAUCUGUAUUAUACAUGGAGCUAUUAUGACGGUACAAAAUAAUGUAAAUUUGAAGUCAUUGUCAUGAAGUAAUAAAAGUGGAGAUUACUUAUGUAUUUAAAUUAUGAAAGAGUAAUGCAGAUUUUUUUAUUACGUUUCUAAAAACAAGAGGAAGAGCCACCAGCAUUUGUCUGUGCUUCUAAGGUUGUUUUUGUAAGUAUUGUGCAUCUUGAAUCCAGAGGAAUUGCAUUAUCUAAUGUAUGAGACUGCUUGCACUGCAUCAGUUUGCAGGGAAUGCUCAUGUUUCGGAUGCUUUCUGCUGACGUUGUAAAUGCUGUACAUAGUCCUUCAUGUAAAAUUCUCUGCAUCUGU